ACUACCGACUCUGAAGGUGAAGUCGUUACCACUUCUACCACCUACCCAGUCACCUCAUCAGGUGUUCCAGCUCCAGUCACUACUGUUGUAUCCUCUGGUAGCCACACCGAAACUGAUGUCAUCUCUUUCUACACCACUACCGACUCUGAAGGUGAAGUCGUUACCACUUCUACCACCUACCCAGUCACCUCUUCUGGUGUUCCAGCUCCAGUCACUACUGUCGUAUCCUCUGGUAGCCACACCGAAACCGACGUCAUCUCUUUCUACACCACUACCGACUCUGAAGGUGAAGUCGUUACCACUUCUACCACCUACCCAGUCACCUCAUCAGGUGUUCCAGCUCCAGUCACUACUGUUGUAUCCUCUGGUAGCCACACCGAAACCGAUGUCAUCUCUUUCUACACCACUACCGACUCUGAAGGUGAAGUCGUUACCACUUCUACCACCUACCCAGUCACCUCUUCUGGUGUUCCAGCUCCAGUCACUACUGUUGUAUCCUCUGGUAGCCACACCGAAACCGACGUCAUCUCUUUCUACACCACUACCGACUCUGAAGGUGAAGUCGUUACCACUUCUACCACCUACCCAGUCACCUCUUCUGGUGUUCCAGCUCCAGUCACUACUGUUGUAUCCUCUGGUAGCCACACCGAAACCGAUGUCAUCUCUUUCUACACCACUACCGACUCUGAAGGUGAAGUCGUUACCACUUCUACCACCUACCCAGUCACCUCUUCUGGUGUUCCAGCUCCAGUCACUACAGUUGUAUCCUCUGGUAGCCACACCGAAACUGAUGUAAUCUCUUUCUACACCACUACCGACUCUGAAGGUGAAGUCGUUACCACUUCUACCACCUACCCAGUCACCUCUUCUGGUGUUCCAGCUCCAGUCACUACUGUUGUAUCCUCUGGUAGCCACACCGAAACCGACGUCAUCUCUUUCUACACCACUACCGACUCUGAAGGUGAAGUCGUUACCACUUCUACCACCUACCCAGUCACCUCUUCUGGUGUUCCAGCUCCAGUCACUACAGUUGUAUCCUCUGGUAGCCACACCGAAACCGAUGUCAUCUCUUUCUACACCACUACCGACUCUGAAGGUGAAGUCGUUACCACUUCUACCACCUACCCAGUCACCUCUUCUGGUGUUCCAGCUCCAGUCACUACUGUUGUAUCCUCUGGUAGCCACACCGAAACUGAUGUCAUCUCUUUCUACACCACUACCGACUCUGAAGGUGAAGUCGUUACCACUUCUACCACCUACCCAGUCACCUCUUCUGGUGUUCCAGCUCCAGUCACUACUGUCGUAUCCUCUGGUAGCCACACCGAAACCGAUGUCAUCUCUUUCUACACCACUACCGACUCUGAAGGUGAAGUCGUUACCACUUCUACCACCUACCCAGUCACCUCUUCUGGUGUUCCAGCUCCAGUCACUACUGUUGUAUCCUCUGGUAGCCACACCGAAACCGAUGUCAUCUCUUUCUACACCACUACCGACUCUGAAGGUGAAGUCGUUACCACUUCUACCACCUACCCAGUCACCUCAUCAGGUGUUCCAGCUCCAGUCACUACUGUUGUAUCCUCUGGUAGCCACACCGAAACCGAUGUCAUCUCUUUCUACACCACUACCGACUCUGAAGGUGAAGUCGUUACCACUUCUACCACCUACCCAGUCACCUCUUCUGGUGUUCCAGCUCCAGUCACUACUGUUGUAUCCUCUGGUAGCCACACCGAAACCGAUGUCAUCUCUUUCUACACCACUACCGACUCUGAAGGUGAAGUCGUUACCACUUCUACCACCUACCCAGUCACCUCUUCUGGUGUUCCAGCUCCAGUCACUACUGUUGUAUCCUCUGGUAGCCACACCGAAACCGACGUCAUCUCUUUCUACACCACUACCGACUCUGAAGGUGAAGUCGUUACCACUUCUACCACCUACCCAGUCACCUCAUCAGGUGUUCCAGCUCCAGUCACUACUGUUGUAUCCUCUGGUAGCCACACCGAAACCGACGUCAUCUCUUUCUACACCACUACCGACUCUGAAGGUGAAGUCGUUACCACUUCUACCACCUACCCAGUCACCUCUUCUGGUGUUCCAGCUCCAGUCACUACUGUUGUAUCCUCUGGUAGCCACACCGAAACCGAUGUCAUCUCUUUCUACACCACUACCGACUCUGAAGGUGAAGUCGUUACCACUUCUACCACCUACCCAGUCACCUCAUCAGGUGUUCCAGCUCCAGUCACUACUGUUGUAUCCUCUGGUAGCCACACCGAAACCGAUGUCAUCUCUUUCUACACCACUACCGACUCUGAAGGUGAAGUCGUUACCACUUCUACCACCUACCCAGUCACCUCUUCUGGUGUUCCAGCUCCAGUCACUACAGUUGUAUCCUCUGGUAGCCACACCGAAACUGAUGUAAUCUCUUUCUACACCACUACCGACUCUGAAGGUGAAGUCGUUACCACUUCUACCACCUACCCAGUCACCUCAUCAGGUGUUCCAGCUCCAGUCACUACUGUUGUAUCCUCUGGUAGCCACACCGAAACCGACGUCAUCUCUUUCUACACCACUACCGACUCUGAAGGUGAAGUCGUUACCACUUCUACCACCUACCCAGUCACCUCAUCAGGUGUUCCAGCUCCAGUCACUACUGUUGUAUCCUCUGGUAGCCACACCGAAACCGAUGUCAUCUCUUUCUACACCACUACCGACUCUGAAGGUGAAGUCGUUACCACUUCUACCACCUACCCAGUCACCUCAUCAGGUGUUCCAGCUCCAGUCACUACUGUUGUAUCCUCUGGUAGCCACACCGAAACCGAUGUCAUCUCUUUCUACACCACUACCGACUCUGAAGGUGAAGUCGUUACCACUUCUACCACCUACCCAGUCACCUCUUCUGGUGUUCCAGCUCCAGUCACUACAGUUGUAUCCUCUGGUAGCCACACCGAAACUGAUGUAAUCUCUUUCUACACCACUACCGACUCUGAAGGUGAAGUCGUUACCACUUCUACCACCUACCCAGUCACCUCAUCAGGUGUUCCAGCUCCAGUCACUACUGUUGUAUCCUCUGGUAGCCACACCGAAACCGACGUCAUCUCUUUCUACACCACUACCGACUCUGAAGGUGAAGUCGUUACCACUUCUACCACCUACCCAGUCACCUCUUCUGGUGUUCCAGCUCCAGUCACUACUGUUGUAUCCUCUGGUAGCCACACCGAAACCGAUGUCAUCUCUUUCUACACCACUACCGACUCUGAAGGUGAAGUCGUUACCACUUCUACCACCUACCCAGUCACCUCAUCAGGUGUUCCAGCUCCAGUCACUACUGUUGUAUCCUCUGGUAGCCACACCGAAACCGAUGUCAUCUCUUUCUACACCACUACCGACUCUGAAGGUGAAGUCGUUACCACUUCUACCACCUACCCAGUCACCUCUUCUGGUGUUCCAGCUCCAGUCACUACAGUUGUAUCCUCUGGUAGCCACACCGAAACCGAUGUCAUCUCUUUCUACACCACUACCGACUCUGAAGGUGAAGUCGUUACCACUUCUACCACCUACCCAGUCACCUCAUCAGGUGUUCCAGCUCCAGUCACUACAGUUGUAUCCUCUGGUAGCCACACCGAAACCGAUGUCAUCUCUUUCUACACCACUACCGACUCUGAAGGUGAAGUCGUUACCACUUCUACCACCUACCCAGUCACCUCAUCAGGUGUUCCAGCUCCAGUCACUACUGUUGUAUCCUCUGGUAGCCACACCGAAACCGAUGUCAUCUCUUUCUACACCACUACCGACUCUGAAGGUGAAGUCGUUACCACUUCUACCACCUACCCAGUCACCUCUUCUGGUGUUCCAGCUCCAGUCACUACUGUUGUAUCCUCUGGUAGCCACACCGAAACCGACGUCAUCUCUUUCUACACCACUACCGACUCUGAAGGUGAAGUCGUUACCACUUCUACCACCUACCCAGUCACCUCAUCAGGUGUUCCAGCUCCAGUCACUACUGUUGUAUCCUCUGGUAGCCACACCGAAACCGACGUCAUCUCUUUCUACACCACUACCGACUCUGAAGGUGAAGUCGUUACCACUUCUACCACCUACCCAGUCACCUCUUCUGGUGUUCCAGCUCCAGUCACUACUGUUGUAUCCUCUGGUAGCCACACCGAAACCGACGUCAUCUCUUUCUACACCACUACCGACUCUGAAGGUGAAGUCGUUACCACUUCUACCACCUACCCAGUCACCUCAUCAGGUGUUCCAGCUCCAGUCACUACAGUUGUAUCCUCUGGUAGCCACACCGAAACCGAUGUCAUCUCUUUCUACACCACUACCGACUCUGAAGGUGAAGUCGUUACCACUUCUACCACCUACCCAGUCACCUCUUCUGGUGUUCCAGCUCCAGUCACUACUGUUGUAUCCUCUGGUAGCCACACCGAAACCGACGUCAUCUCUUUCUACACCACUACCGACUCUGAAGGUGAAGUCGUUACCACUUCUACCACCUACCCAGUCACCUCAUCAGGUGUUCCAGCUCCAGUCACUACUGUUGUAUCUUCUGGUAGCCACACCGAAACCGAUGUCAUCUCUUUCUACACCACUACCGACUCUGAAGGUGAAGUCGUUACCACUUCUACCACCUACCCAGUCACCUCUUCUGGUGUUCCAGCUCCAGUCACUACUGUUGUAUCCUCUGGUAGCCACACCGAAACCGAUGUCAUCUCUUUCUACACCACUACCGACUCUGAAGGUGAAGUCGUUACCACUUCUACCACCUACCCAGUCACCUCUUCUGGUGUUCCAGCUCCAGUCACUACUGUUGUAUCCUCUGGUAGCCACACCGAAACCGACGUCAUCUCUUUCUACACCACUACCGACUCUGAAGGUGAAGUCGUUACCACUUCUACCACCUACCCAGUCACCUCAUCAGGUGUUCCAUCUCCAGUCACUACUGUUGUAUCCUCUGGUAGCCACACCGAAACCGAUGUCAUCUCUUUCUACACCACUACCGACUCUGAAGGUGAAGUCGUUACCACUUCUACCACCUACCCAGUCACCUCUUCUGGUGUUCCAGCUCCAGUCACUACUGUUGUAUCCUCUGGUAGCCACACCGAAACCGAUGUCAUCUCUUUCUACACCACUACCGACUCUGAAGGUGAAGUCGUUACCACUUCUACCACCUACCCAGUCACCUCUUCUGGUGUUCCAGCUCCAGUCACUACUGUUGUAUCCUCUGGUAGCCACACCGAAACCGAUGUCAUCUCUUUCUACACCACUACCGACUCUGAAGGUGAAGUCGUUACCACUUCUACCACCUACCCAGUCACCUCUUCUGGUGUUCCAGCUCCAGUCACUACAGUUGUAUCCUCUGGUAGCCACACCGAAACCGACGUCAUCUCUUUCUACACCACUACCGACUCUGAAGGUGAAGUCGUUACCACUUCUACCACCUACCCAGUCACCUCUUCUGGUGUUCCAGCUCCAGUCACUACUGUUGUAUCCUCUGGUAGCCACACCGAAACCGAUGUCAUCUCUUUCUACACCACUACCGACUCUGAAGGUGAAGUCGUUACCACUUCUACCACCUACCCAGUCACCUCAUCAGGUGUUCCAGCUCCAGUCACUACAGUUGUAUCCUCUGGUAGCCACACCGAAACCGAUGUCAUCUCUUUCUACACCACUACCGACUCUGAAGGUGAAGUCGUUACCAUUUCUACCACCUACCCAGUCACCUCAUCAGGUGUUCCAGCUCCAGUCACUACUGUUGUAUCCUCUGGUAGCCACACCGAAACUGAUGUCAUCUCUUUCUACACCACUACCGACUCUGAAGGUGAAGUCGUUACCACUUCUACCACCUACCCAGUCACCUCUUCUGGUGUUCCAGCUCCAGUCACUACUGUUGUAUCCUCUGGUAGCCACACCGAAACCGAUGUCAUCUCUUUCUACACCACUACCGACUCUGAAGGUGAAGUCGUUACCACUUCUACCACCUACCCAGUCACCUCUUCUGGUGUUCCAGCUCCAGUCACUACUGUUGUAUCCUCUGGUAGCCACACCGAAACCGACGUCAUCUCUUUCUACACCACUACCGACUCUGAAGGUGAAGUCGUUACCACUUCUACCACCUACCCAGUCACCUCAUCAGGUGUUCCAGCUCCAGUCACUACUGUUGUAUCCUCUGGUAGCCACACCGAAACCGAUGUCAUCUCUUUCUACACCACUACCGACUCUGAAGGUGAAGUCGUUACCACUUCUACCACCUACCCAGUCACCUCAUCAGGUGUUCCAGCUCCAGUCACUACUGUUGUAUCCUCUGGUAGCUACACCGAAACCGACGUCAUCUCUUUCUACACCACUACCGACUCUGAAGGUGAAGUCGUUACCACUUCUACCACCUACCCAGUCACCUCAUCAGGUGUUCCAGCUCCAGUCACUACUGUUGUAUCCUCUGGUAGCCACACCGAAACCGACGUCAUCUCUUUCUACACCACUACCGACUCUGAAGGUGAAGUCGUUACCACUUCUACCACCUACCCAGUCACCUCUUCUGGUGUUCCAGCUCCAGUCACUACUGUUGUAUCCUCUGGUAGCCACACCGAAACCGAUGUCAUCUCUUUCUACACCACUACCGACUCUGAAGGUGAAGUCGUUACCACUUCUACCACCUACCCAGUCACCUCAUCAGGUGUUCCAGCUCCAGUCACUACUGUUGUAUCCUCUGGUAGCCACACCGAAACCGACGUCAUCUCUUUCUACACCACUACCGACUCUGAAGGUGAAGUCGUUACCACUUCUACCACCUACCCAGUCACCUCUUCUGGUGUUCCAGCUCCAGUCACUACUGUUGUAUCCUCUGGUAGCCACACCGAAACCGACGUCAUCUCUUUCUACACCACUACCGACUCUGAAGGUGAAGUCGUUACCACUUCUACCACCUACCCAGUCACCUCUUCUGGUGUUCCAGCUCCAGUCACUACAGUUGUAUCCUCUGGUAGCCACACCGAAACCGAUGUCAUCUCUUUCUACACCACUACCGACUCUGAAGGUGAAGUCGUUACCACUUCUACCACCUACCCAGUCACCUCUUCUGGUGUUCCAGCUCCAGUCACUACUGUUGUAUCCUCUGGUAGCCACACCGAAACUGAUGUCAUCUCUUUCUACACCACUACCGACUCUGAAGGUGAAGUCGUUACCACUUCUACCACCUACCCAGUCACCUCUUCUGGUGUUCCAGCUCCAGUCACUACUGUCGUAUCCUCUGGUAGCCACACCGAAACCGAUGUCAUCUCU